AUGUCAGAGGAUAGAAAUCUUGCUGCAGCUCCACGCCGCCGAAUUAAUCGAUGGGAGAGGCCCAAAUCGGAAGCUUUUGUUAAGGAUAGGAUUCAAACUAAGAAGACAAGAUCACAAACUAUCGAACCAUCCACAAACGUUUUCAUUAAUUAUAUUCCGCCUAACUACAAUCAGGAUGACUUGAAAAAUUUAUGCUCUCAGUAUGGUGAAAUCGUUUGCUGCAAAAUUAUGAUUAAUUUGGAAACAGGUCAAUCCCGAUGCUUUGGGUUCGUAAGAUUUAAAGAGCUUUCACAAGCAGCGGCUGCUAUCCGAGGUAUUGAUGGAAUGACAAUCGGAAACAAAAAAUUGCUUGCGAAAUAUGCAGAAAGCCAUGAACGCCAGGAAAUUGCUUCAAGCAUGCUUUACAUCAAGAAGCUUCCUAAUUCAGUAAGUAUAGAAGAUGUUAGACGUAUGUUCGGAGUUUAUGGAAGGAUCAUCCAGUGCGUUCAGCACUCCGUUACUUCACUUGAUAAUGAGAGUUGGAGAUGCUUUAUCCAGUAUUAUUCCCAAGAAGAGGCAACAAACGCAAUGCAUUUUAUGAACAAUAAAAUUGUCGUGGAAGGGACGAAACCAAUACAUGUUAGAUACGCUGAUGAAACUCGCCUUAGUGGUAAUUAUAUCUUACCUCCUCCUGUUAUGACUGAAGAUUUGCCUCAAAUCGACCAACACCAGCUUUUACCAAGCUUCUUUUUCAACUGA